CGCCGUUCACGACAUUAUCAGACAGAUAAGUUUACCCCGUUUGCCCUGAUAUGAACAAAGAGCUUGAUUUCAUUUCCCCGAGACUCAUCCGUACAUUCGUUGGCGCCUGCCUGCCAGCUGGAGGAUGAGGCGGCCAUUCUAUAUCCGUUUGCAUAUCAGCUGCAGGCUCGUCCCUUGGUCCCUAUAUAUCACGAUGGCGCACUUCGUAUAUUAUCAUACGAUCUUACGGCUUGACGUCAGUUUUACACACACGCAGGAUAUUAAUAUGACUGAACAAGGUCAGAUAUGCACACUAACUGUAACAAAGCAGGAGAUCGAAAAAAGCAUCCGCGACGCCGUGCUCAAUAGCGGAAGUACAGUGUAUGUAUGUAUGUCAUGUCAUGUAUGUAUCGUACUCGCUGCGAAAUUGUAUUUGACAGCGCGAUGUGAGCGCAGGGUCAAGUAUGUACUGACGAAUGGUUAUGGAUAUAUGAGGCCCUCGUAAGCGAAGAAGGGGGGGGAACAUUUAAUUCAAUUGGUAGGGACCGCAUAAGAAAAGGACGCUUGCUCGGUAAAAAGCCAAGCACGCCUAAUCAGAGGUAGAAACUCUUCCCGCGGGUCCG